AUGGCUGCCGCCGCGCGCCCCCUGGUCUCCGUGAGGACCCUGGAGGGCGACAUGGCCACAGACUCCGCCGGCGUCCCGCUGGCGGACGUCCUCCGCGCGCCGAUCCGCCCGGACAUCGUCCGCUUCGUCCACAAGCUGCUGUCCUGCAACAGCCGCCAGCCCUACGCGGUGUCGCGUCGCGCCGGCCACCAGACCUCCGCGGAGUCCUGGGGCACGGGGCGUGCGGUGUCCCGUAUCCCCCGCGUUCCUGGCGGUGGUACCCACCGUGCCGGCCAGGGAGCCUUCGGCAACAUGUGCCGUGGCGGACGCAUGUUCGCGCCCACCAAGAUCUGGCGCCGUUGGCACCGCCGCGUCAACAUCCACCUCCGCCGUGUCGCCAUCGCCUCGGCCCUCUCCGCCACCGCCGUCCCGUCCCUCGUCCUCGCCCGCGGCCACCGCGUGGAGUCCGUCCCCGAGCUUCCGCUCGUCGUUUCCGACUCCGCAGAGUCCAUUGAGAAGACCGCCCAGUCCAUCAAGAUGCUCAAGCAGCUCGGUGCCUAUGCCGAUGCUGAGAAGGCCAAGGACUCUGUUGGCAUCCGCCCCGGCAAGGGGAAGAUGCGCAACCGCCGCUACAUCAACCGCAAGGGACCCCUCGUUGUCUACGGCACUGAGGGCUCUAAGAUCGUCAAGGCCUUCCGCAACCUCCCUGGCGUUGAUGUUGCCAAUGUCGAGCGUCUCAACCUGCUCGACCUCGCCCCUGGUGGCCACCUUGGCCGGUUCGUCAUCUGGACUGAGUCCGCGUUCAAGAAGCUGGAUGAGGUGUACGGUACCUUCGACACGCCAUCGGCGAAGAAGAAGGGUUUCGUGCUCCCGAGGCCCAAGAUGGCAAACGCUGAUUUGUCCAGGCUGAUCAACUCUGACGAGGUGCAGUCAGUGGUGAAGCCCAUCAACAAGGAGGUGAAGCGUAGGGAGCCUAGGAAGAACCCGCUGAAGAAUAUGGCUGCAGUGCUCAAGCUGAACCCGUACCUCGGUACUGCACGCAAGAUGGCAGCCCUAGCAGAGGCAGCGCGUGUCAAGGCCAGGAAGCAGAAGCUUGACUCCAAGAGGACCAAGCUCAGCCCAGAGGAGGCUUCAAAGGUUAAGGCUGCUGGAAAGGCGUGGUAUAAGACCAUGAUCUCAGACAGCGACUACACGGAAUUUGAGAACUUCACCAAGUGGCUUGGUGUUACACAGUGA